CGCCCGCUGAGGCUUAACCAGUCAAAAUAAACCCAGGCAGGCAGGCGGAUUGCAUGCAUGCACCAGCACCGAUCACAAGUUCACAACCCCUCGCAUCGCCACGCACCGGAUCGACGUCGAUCGACUCGUUCGUUCCAGCACAGAGCCCAGUCGAUCGGAUCGAUCCACGAUGCGCCUCGCCGUCGUGCUGCUCCUCGUCCUCCUCCUCCUCCUCUCGGGGCCUCGCCUCGCCGCCGCGGGCCGUAGCGCCAAGGGUCCCGUCUCUGCGUACGCCGUCGACGGCGCCGCCGUGGAGUUGGCGGGCGCCCCGGGCAGCGGCGGCAGCAGCUUCCCCGCCGACCCGCUGCUGCCGUGCAUGGCGGAGCUGCUCCCGUGCACGGCGUACCUGAGGUCCGGCCGGAACCCGUCCCGCACGUGCUGCACCGCGAUGCACGACGGCGCCGUCGACGAGAUGCAGUGCCUGUGCCGGCUGCUCGCCGACCCGGAGCUGCUCCACACCUUCAACGUCACCAGGGACCAGAUGUUCCGCCUCCCCGCGCGCUGCGGCCUCCCCGUCGGCUGCCGCGCCGGCGCCGCCGGCAGCCCGGAGCCAGGUAGUGGUGGAUGCGCCGCCGCCGCCGGGCGACACGGACCAGCAGCCACCCGGCGAUCCGUCGAGCGGCGACCGGAGCAGAAGCAGCACCGCCGCUGUGGUUUUGGCCGGAGCAACCUCCGUCGCCGCGCUGUUCCGCUUCUUCUGAUAAUCCCGCAGUGCAUGCAGGCCGGUCAUUUUCAGCUUCUCUAGACUGCCUCAGCAAUUUAGCGCUCAAGAAUGCACUGUGACCAUGCAAAUGAACGAUGAACGCUAAAGUUUCUUUCCGAUGUAAACUUGCUUAUCGAUGGUAAUUAGUUUCUCGCGUAAUCAAGUUAGAUGAAUAUGUCAGUCGGCUUGUGAUGCGUGUCAGCAUUCCAAAUCCAGAAAUAUGCAGAAGAGCUAAAUAUUUCAGCCAUGAGAUCGAAAUUGGGAAGCAGCACCAGACUCGCUAUAUCUUCAUGUGAAUUUUCAGGUGCUACAACUCACGGGUCAGGUUUCUAG